AUGAUCGACGGUUUGAUCAGGCGUCUGGAACAAGUGCUGAAUGUCCAUCCAGAAAAGUAUCAGAAUGGAUGCAGCAGCCAACGCCCAAGUCGUCAGUCCUCGCCAGAUCAACUUUUGACAUCGAUCAGAAGCCGUAGUGCUGAUUUCGGCCGAGCUGCCGAAAUGGCAGGUGGAAAUAGCGAAGAAGGCAAAGGGAUGCUUCUGAGGAAUGGAGAUGACAAAGUCCGGCACCCGAGUCCGCAACGUGGCACACCAGACAGCUCCAGCACACAAGGUCAUCAGUUCAUCGAUCAGAUCGUAACUAUAAAUGUGUCUGGGAUGCGGUUUCAAACUUUUGAAAGCACAUUGGCCAGAUAUCCGCAUUCUCUACUAGGAGAUCCCACAAAACGGCAACACUAUUUUGUGCCCGACACAAAUGAAUACUUUUUUGAUCGGCAUCGAACAACAUUCGAAUCCAUACUGUAUAUAUACCAGAGCGGUGGAAGAGUUAAACGACCUGAAAUUGUGCCGAUUGAUAUAUUUUUGAGGGAAAUGAGAUUUUAUGAGAUGGGCGAUGAACUUCUGGAAGAAUUCUGGAUAGCAGAAGGUUAUGAAAAACCAAAAGAAGUGAUGAUGCCAACUAACAAGACACAGAGAAAGAUAUGGGAGUUGAUGGAGUAUCCUGAUAGUUCACUCUCAGCGCGGAUCAUUGCGUUUAUCUCAAUUUUUGUGAUAGCUCUAUCCAUAAUCUCAUUCUGCUGGGAGACAGUUCCAUCUGACAACGAUGACAAAGUUAUCAACAUGACUACUGGAGAACUAAUAGAUGAGCUAGAUGAAAAACACUAUUCUCCAUUUUUCUGGAUCGAACUCAUGUGUAUUCUUUGGUUUACUAUUGAACUAAUUCUUCGAUUCAUCUCUUGUCCAUGCAAAGUGACAUUUGUUACCUCGAUCCUGAACAUAAUUGAUUUCGUCGCAAUCGCGCCAUUCUUUGUCAACUUUUUCUUAGCUGACACCAACAAGUCUAAUUCAUCCAUGUCGUUCGCUGUACUCCGAGUGCUUAGAUUGGUUCGAGUCUUCCGAGUAUUUAAGCUCAGUCGUCACUCUGUUGGUCUUCAAAUCCUUGGAAAAACAUUCCGAUCGUCUGUCCAAGAAUUCUGUCUUCUGAUAUUUUUCAUGGCCAUCGCUUUGGUUCUGUUUGCGUCUGGAAUGUAUUUCGCUGAGCAAGGAGAACCAAACUCGAAAUUUACGUCUAUUCCAGCUAGCUUCUGGUUUGUAUUGGUAACAAUGACUACUGUUGGGUAUGGAGAUCUCGUACCAUUGAGUCCGUUUGGUAAAGUGGUCGGCAGUAUGUGUGCCUUGAUUGGUGUCCUUACAUUGGCUCUUCCAGUACCUAUUAUAGUAGCCAACUUCAAACACUUCUAUCGUCAAGAGAAUCGUCUUGCUUCAAUGAAGAGCACCACGAAAGGCGACCACGAAGAUGACGAUGUCGCCUGA